AUGGCAGCACCGGUCUCACUAGACCGUCUCCCUCCCACAACGACCGCCUACGUGAUCGCCACGGCCAUCAUCGCCGGCGUGACGGGGUACUUCAUCGGCCAAGGCGCGUCGCUGAACUUUCUCAAAGAAAAAGAAGGCUGGCCGAAUAGCUACAACGUGCGAGUCCACCGGGACUCUUCUGAUGAGGAAUACGAGGAGGAGGACGCCAGUGACGAAGAGGACGAAGGCAAUGGCGACGAACUGGCCCAAUUCAAGGAGAAUGCCGAGGAGGUCAAGCUCGUGCUGGUUGUCCGCAUGGACCUGGGCAUGACCAAGGGUAAAAUCGCCGCCCAGUGCUCCCACGCCACCCUCGCCUGUUACAAAUACUUCCUCGCACACUCCCCAGACUCGCCGAUUCUGCACCGCUGGGAGCAAGGCGGACAGGCUAAGAUCGCGUUGCAGGUGAAGUCAGAGGAGGAACUGCUGGUCAUGCAGGCGCAGGCUAUGAGUCUGGGUCUUUGUGCGCGCGUUAUCCAGGAUGCUGGGCGGACGCAGAUUGCGAGUGGCAGUCGGACGGUGUUGGGUGUUUUGGGACCGAAGAGUGUGGUCGACCAGGUGACCGGGCAUUUGAAGUUGCUGUAG